UCUGCGCCAUCUGCCAUUUUCUUUGUUCCUCGAAACUGAAACGGUGCAGCUCACGCUUUGUCUGGCACGAUUCUACAACUCUUUGUUUUCUUCUGAAAGUCUCCGAAAGACGUGAACAACAUGGAUGUGAAUCUUAAGAGGAAGAAUGGCACCGGCGAAAAUAAAUAUUUGCCGGAGUUACUGGCGGAAAAAGACAGUUUGGACUCCUCAUUCACGCACGCCAUGAAACUCCUGACCGCAGAGGUUGAGCGGGUUCAAAAAGGCGAACCAAAGAAAGAUGGCGAGACCUAUCUGGAUCUGUUCACCGCAAAGAAUGUCCGGGUGAAGGAGAGAGUGCUCAUUCCUGUGAAGCAGUACCCUCGCUUUAAUUUUGUUGGAAAGAUUCUGGGACCACAGGGCAGCACCAUCAAACGCUUGCAAGAAGACACAGGGGCUAAAAUCUCUGUGUUGGGGAAAGGAUCAAUGAGAGAUAAGACCAAGGAAGAGGAUUUGAGGAAGGGUGGAGAUCUCAAGUAUGCACAUUUGGGCAUGGAGCUUCACGUGUACAUUGAGGUUUUUGCUCCCAUUCCUGAUUGUUACCUGCGUAUGGCUCAUGCUAUGGAUGAGGUCAAGAAGUUCCUUAUGCCCGUGGAUAAUAUGGAUGAGAUGCUUCAAGAUCCUUACAUGGAUCCAGGCUAUCUGAAUGGCUCACAGGAUGUUCCUCCCCAUGGCAGAGGAGCCCCUCCAGGCAGGGGACGAGGUGGCCCACCUCCCCCAAUGGGAGCUAGGGGUCGAGGUAUGCCCCCUCGUGGUGGACCCCGAGGUGGUGCUCCAAGAGGAGGACCGGGGCGGGGAGCUUCAGCAAGGGGUGCCCCUGUGGGCCGAGGUGGUCCUCCACCCUCCACACAAAGCAGAGGAGGAGCUUCCUCUCGCUCAAGACCACCAGCACCAUCUCAGAGGAUGGCACCAGCAUCUGCUCUUUCCCACCAACACCAGUCCCUACCGAAACCUGAAGGCUACGAUGAAUAUGCCUAUGAACAACCAUAUCCAGAGACCUCCUAUGAAGCGUAUGAAAGCUACUACAGUCAGCCUCCUGCUCAGCCAGACACAGAGUAUUAUGACUAUGGUCAUGGAGAGGCACAGGAGACUUAUCCAUCUUACACUGAAGAUGACUGGGAUGGCGGUGCUUGGGGUAGCAGUGGUGGAAAAGCCCCACCUGCCCGCCAGAGUAAAUCCUAUCGGGAGCAUCCAUACGGCAGAUACUGAGAGCUGUCCGUCACUGGUUGCUUGGGCAACAACCUCCUCUCGUAACUCCUUAUAACCACCUAAAGUAAUUCUAGUUGUUUUUUUUUUGUUUUUUUAUAAUUGUUUAAAGCGCUUUAGUAUACUGAAUCUACCCUUAAAUGGGAUGCUAAACACUCUAGAGUUCGAGAUGAUGCAUAUUUAGAUUUGCAAUCAUUGAUGUGCUUACAAGUUCUUUGCGUUGCUGUUUUCUAAAUUUUUUUUUUUUCUCUGGUUUUGUUUCGUCCAUGAAAAAUUUAUACCUGAAAGCCAGAUAAAUAGCUAAUAAUCAUAUGUAAAAACUGCCUGGCAAUGUAGCUCACUUAGGUUUGUUCAAAAUGCGCUUUUGUAAAGCAUAACAAGGUUCUUAAAAGAUGAGGGAUGCACGGAAAUAUUAGUUCCAUUACAAACAAAUGCGCAAACAUUUUUUUAAGGACAAUUUCCAUUGGUGUAGGAUAAUUUUUAAUUGACAUUUAGUUUUUGAAAGUCUUGUAAAUAUGCAUUUAUUUUCACUUUUACAAAAGUUAUGCCACUUACGGAUUAGUUUGAACUUAAACAUACAUCCCAGAGGUUGUAGUUUCAGUCGAAUAAAAGUACAGUUUACUCAAAUUAUUGUACGUACAUAUCCCAAAUAUUAAAAGUUGUUCUUUUGAUGUCUUUAGCUUUGCAGUUUUCAAAAUAUUAGCAUAUUUGUGUGCAUUGCUUAACUAGGGAACUAAAACUGUCCAAAAUUGUGUCCCUAUCAUUUUGUCAAUAAAGCAUAGUUUUCUUUUACAGCUUUCAAAACUUUGUAUUUGACUUAUUUUAGUGAACCAUGAAUGACCGUAAGUCAUAAUCACACCCCAUACAAAACUGACAACUGUUGCUUAAAUUCUGCAUGCUAUUUGUAACUUUUCAUAUUUAUAUACUUCAAAAUAUUUAGAGAACUCGCCUAAUGCAUAACUGUUCAUUAUGCAAAAUAUAUUGUGUAUAAACCGUUGCUAAAUAGUGUGCAAUUGGUGUACAAUUAUUUGCAUUUACUAGAUCAUGAGAAAAAUUCUACAUAGCUCUUAUUGUCUUGUACAAUAAUAGACGUCAGAAUAAAGAAAUUUGUCAAAUUUGUUCGCUAUAAUAAUAUUUUUGUAUGAUUUACUAAUAUUUUAAAGGGGUCCUAUCAUGACAAUCUAAUUCACCUUUUAACAGUUCUGUGUACUAAAAUAAGUCAACUUUCUUGACCUAACCAUAGGCAACAAUACUUUGUUUUGAUAUCCUUUGAUUUCAGCCAUCGGAAACCCAAAAUAAAAUGCAUACUUCGCCAUCUAAAUCUUUAUGGCACUGAUUUGAUGUUCAGAAGAACAUUUACAUAAGUCUUAAAGGCACAGCUUAGACAAACAGUUUAUUUCUAAGGGUCAGUGAGAGGGUGGCAAAUGGUUGAGAAUUUUAUUGACCUCUUAACUGCAAAACAUGAUUAACAGUAUCUCAGGAAUGAAAUGAUAUGACCCCUUUAACAGUUAAUAGUAAAGUUAUCAAAGUUAACAAUGAUUUAUACACAAUACAAAGUCCUGGAGUUUUAAUGUGUGUAUACCUGUUUUAAAAGCUACCUCACAUCAGAGUCACUAAAUCCCUCUGAUGUUAGAGAUUGAACUCACGCUCCAUGUCUGUCUUCUAUUGAAAAGGAUGUUGAGGUAAGACCUGCAGAGUCACCUCUAAAAGAACCAAUAGAUUCCCUUUAUAGAAGGUAAAGUAUUUGGAGAUUAUUACAAGAAAACAAUGUAGCUGUUUGGUCUUCGGAUAUCUGUCCUUGGGCGUGUGAAACUUUAAUAAAAAAAAAAAAAAGCAAAAGAAA